ACUGAUGGCAAAACCGAUGCCUUUGCAAGAAGAAGACAAGUAGCCACCUCAUCUUUGUCAGCCGUAGAUUUUGUUAGAUUUAAAUUGUGAAAAUGGCGAGGGCGGCUUUGAUUGUGUGCCUACUAAUGGCCUGUGCCUGGGGCAGUCACGCCGUAAUGUUCAAACUUAACCCGAACACCCAGAAGUGCCUCAAGGAAGACAUCCAGGCGAACCAGUUGGUGAUGGGCGAAUAUGAGGUGUCCGACGUUCCCGGCCAAAUCAUCGACUAUAUUGCCCGCGACACUAAAGGACACAUCCUGACGCAGAAGGAACACAUCACCAAGGGCAAAUUUAGCUUCAUGUCCGAGGUUUACGACACCUACGAGAUCUGCUUUAUAUCCAAAGUUCCUCCACAUCAACGCGGCAUUGCACAGGAAGUAUCGCUGCUGACGAAAAAGGGUGUGGAAACCAAGAGCUACGAGGGCAUUGGUGAGGCAUCCAAGCUGAAACCCCUGGAAGUGGAUCUUAAGCGUUUGGAGGAUCUUUCCGACUCCAUUGUGCGCGAUUUUGUCCUGAUGCGCAAGCGUGAGGAAGAGAUGCGCGAUACUAAUGAGAAAACCAACAGCCGCGUCCUGUUCUUCAGCAUCUUCAGCAUGUGCUGCCUGCUCGGUUUGGCGACGUGGCAAGUUCUGUACCUCCGCAGGUACUUCAAAGCCAAAAAACUCAUCGAAUAGUUCGUCCGCCUAGCCGUAGUCUUAAUGCGUGUGUGGAACCGUGUUUAAAUGCCUCGUUUAGAUUUCAUCUUUCAUCUUUUGAACGUUUUUCUGAAAUAAAUGCAACUACCACGUA